AUGACUGGCCAAGGUGCGCCUGCUGGAGGACAAGGAAUUGGUUACACCGGACCACCUCAUCGAACUUUCGAAGACCGCGCCGCUCAUCGUGAACAAGUCAUGAACAACAUUCGAGAAACGUCGCAGCAGGACCGCCGCGUCUACGUCGGCAAUUUGUCCUACGAUGUCAAAUGGCACCACCUCAAGGAUUUUAUGAGACAGGCUGGAGAGGUGCUCUAUGCCGAUGUGUUGCUGCUUCCUAAUGGAAUGUCGAAGGGAUGCGGAAUUGUGGAAUAUGCGACCAGGGAGCAAGCUCAAAACGCCGUUGCUACCCUGAGCAACCAGAACCUUAUGGGCAGACUUGUCUAUGACCGUGAGGCCGAGCCUCGUUUUGGACCUCCUGGAGGAGGUGCCAACCGCGGUGGUUUCGGUGGCGGCAUGGGCCCCAACGGAUAUGGAGCUGUUCCCGGCCAUGCUGGCCCCGGCGGCUUCGGUGGUGGUCCCAUGGCUGGUGGCGGUGGCCGCCAGAUCUACGUGUCCAACCUGCCGUACAAUGUUGGCUGGCAGGAUCUGAAGGAUCUGUUCAGACAGGCUGCGCGCAAUGGUGGUGUUAUCCGCGCCGACGUUCAUAUCGGACCUGAUGGCCGCCCGAAAGGAUCGGGUAUCGUUGUCUUCGAGACCCCGGAUGAUGCUCGCAACGCCAUCCAGCAGUUCAAUGGUUACGAUUGGCAGGGCCGUAUGCUGGAGGUUCGCGAGGAUCGCUUUGCCGGUGCGAAUAUGGGUCCUGGUGGUUUCGGCGGUCGUGGCGGCUUCGGCGGCGGCCGCGGCGCCUUCGGCGGUUUCGGUCGCGGCGGCUUCGGUGGUGGCCGCGGUGGCUUUGGAGGUGGCUUCGGCGGUCGUGGCGGCUUCGGAGGAGCUCCCGGUGCUCCCCCUAGCUUCGAUGCCAACCAGCCGGCCGCUCAGCCCAACCCGUUCACUGACUUCGCUACUUCUGGUACUGAACGGUCUGAGAUCAUUUACGUCCGGAACCUCCCUUGGUCGACCAGCAAUGAGGAUCUCGUCGAGCUCUUCUCUACUAUUGGUAAGGUAGAGCAGGCUGAGAUUCAAUAUGAGCCCAGCGGUCGCUCCCGCGGCUCUGGCGUCGUUCGCUUCGACAAUGCCGACACCGCCGACACCGCGAUCCAAAAGUUCCAGGGUUACCAGUAUGGUGGACGUCCUCUCGGUCUGAGUUUCGUCAAGUACCUUAACCCUGGUGCUGGCGGCGACAGCAUGGAUACCGACCCCCAUGGUGGCCUGACACAAGAUCAGAUCAUGUAAACUGAUUACCGACCAUCGCGUCAGUCAUACUGGUUGAUGCAACAGAUUUCCUAUGAUAGUUUGGGAUUUUCCAUUUGGAGGUUGUAUUAUAUGACUGGAUUUAAGCCUGUGUUCGAUAUGGCGCUCGGUUCAGUCUUCCCAAUUGCACUACUUAUCUACGGACAGGUGGCUAUGGUCAGGGAUUUGGUGGCCAUGAGCGUUGCCCUGGGAUGGGGAAGUAGUUCGAAUGCCCGCAUGACAAGCAUGUGAAGGAUGGUGUCGGAGGAAGGAGAUUGAGGAAGUUGAAUUUGCGACAUGCUUUACCUUGCCCAGUUUUAGCACAUGGGAGAAGUGAACCCCACUGAAA